UUUGCAAAACACCGUAACACAAAAAGCUCAUUAAAAUUCUGAUCUGUUCGAAUUACCACAGGAACUAGCUUUCAUACCACAGAUUAAAGCAAGUCUAGAAAAAUAGUCGGCCAUGCACAGAUCACGUUAUGAAUAUGGCGGAUGGUGCUAAAGAAUGUGAACCGGCAUCAAAAAAGAUAAAAAUUCAAAGUGAUAUACAAGAGAAUGAUGAAAAUAUACAUACAGUAUUGAAAGACUUUUCAGAAUUCCAACAGAAACGAAUUUUAAGUAUUAACAGUCAGAGGAAAACCAUAUGCAUUGAGGGCUCAUUUAAUAACAAAAGCGGAACGGCAAUUGUGUUGUUAGAAAAGAAGCCGUUUAAUGAAGAAAGCCUGAAGAACACAUUGGAUUAUUCUUGCACAUUACAUAAGGAAUUCAGCAAUGACAUAUAUGGAUUUUACGAAUGUUUUCCUAGUGUAAAAUACAAUGGUAUUAAAACCACAGUGAUACAUCCAGCAACAGAGAAGCACAUAAAAAAAUAUCAGUCACAAGACGUUCAUCUGAUUGAGGAGACACCAGAACUCUAUAAUUCAGUUACACUGCCACAUCUGCAGAAAGAAAAAUUUAGUUUGCAGUGGGUCAUCAACAUACUUGAACAUAAAUCAGAAACUGACAGAGUUGUGUUUGAGGAUUCCAAUCCUGAGAUUGGUUUCAUUUUACUGCCAGAUUUAAAGUGGGAUGCAAAGCAAAUUGAAGAUCUAUAUCUGAUAGCUAUAGUUCAUCAAACUGGAAUCAAGUCUCUCCGUGAUCUGAACAGCUGUCAUUUGCCACUUUUAAAGAACAUUAAGGAGAAGGGAAUAAAAGCUAUAAAGGAAAAAUACAACAUUCCAUCCUCUCAGUUACGGAUUUAUGUCCACUAUCAGCCUUCAUUUUAUCACCUACAUGUGCAUUUCACAUAUCUGAAAUAUGUUGCCCCAGGUAUACAUGCAGAAAGAUCACACAUUCUGUCAAGCGUUAUAGAUAAUAUUGAAUUAAUGCAUGAUUACUAUCAGAAGGCAACACUUUCAUUUGUAGUGAAAGAAACAGAAACUCUUUUCCUUGAGUAUGAAAAGAGGGGAAUAGUGAAAAAACGCUGAAGAACGGUUUUCUUGUAUUUGUCAUCAUGA